AUGAGGUGCGAGUUACCGAUGAUCACCAGAUGCUGCUUCUGCCUCCCGCUGAGGCUGGGCUUGCUCGUUUGGGCGUAUAUAAAGACGAUAUCCUGCACUCUACUGUUCUCGUUGCUGUUAUACCUCUUGAUCGACCAGUGCUCCCGGUAUAGUCACAUAAGCAUUUCUCAUAUGUUCAUGUUCCAAAUACCAGUCUUGAGUCUGCUUAUCACGGAUAUAACAUUUCAUAUAAUAUUUAUAAUAAGUGCUCACAAGAAAGAACACAGGAAAAUGAGGCUCUUCUACAGAUACAGUAUAUUUAGUCUGAUAAUAUACAUAUUGGGUUUUAUUAUCUCCACGACUCUUAUGAUCACGGACUCCUAUUUUAUGUUCGCGUUCAUUUUUGGAUUAUUCCAGUUGGCUAUAUUUAUGUGGAUAAUAGUUAUACAAAUGUACGUGUUAAUUCUGGUGCGGAGUGAAGUUGUGAAGCUGAAGAGGAACAUGAACUUUGAGUUCGUGAACCACGCGGCAGAGCCCGACCUGCCAUCGGCUAAGGUGGACUACGUGAAUGCUGAAGAUCUACAUUAU